AUGCCUGUUCAACCUGAUUCCAAAAUCAGUAACUCCACCUUUGUCCUUACAGGUUUCCCUGGCCUGGAACGAGAAUACCCCUGGCUCUCCAUUCCUUUCUCCUUUAUCUAUGCUAUGGUACUCUUAGGAAACUGCCUGGUGCUGCAUGUGAUCCGGACAGAGCCAAGCCUACACGAGCCCAUGUUCUACUUCCUGGCCAUGCUGGCCCUCACUGACCUGUGCAUGGGGCUGUCCACAGUGCACACAGUGCUCGGGACACUGUGGGGGAUCAGCCAAGAGAUUGGUCUGGAUGCUUGCAUUGCUCAAACCUUCUUGGUUCAUGGUCUAUCAUGCAUGGAGUCUGGAGUCCUUCUUGCCAUGGCCUUUGAUCGCUUCACUGCCAUCUGCAAUCCUCUGAGAUACACAUCCAUCCUCACCAAUAUGAGAAUCAUCAACAUUGGUGUGGCCAUUUUAGGGAGGAGUUUCCUGUUCAUCACUGCUCCCAUUUUCCUCCUAAAGUUCUUUGAUUACUGCCUUCCUCAUAUCCUCUCCCAUUCCUUCUGCCUGCACCAAGACUUACUUCGGCUCUCCUGCUCUGACAUCCGCUUCAACAGCCUCUAUGCAUUAGCCCUAGUGAUCUGCACACUGUUUUUGGAUUCAGUGCUCAUUCUCGUCUCCUACAUCUUGAUCCUGCAUUCAGUCUUGACUAUUGCAUCCCGGGAGGAGCGGCUCAAGUCCUUGCAGACCUGUGUUUCCCAUAUCUGUGCUGUUCUGGUUUUCUAUCCAAUUAUUGGUCUGACUAUGGUGCAUCGAUUUGGAAAGCACCUCUCUCCUGUGGUCCAUGUCCUCAUGGGCAAUGUCUAUAUCCUUUUCCCACCCUUGAUGAACCCUAUCAUCUACAGUGUCAAAACCCAACAAAUACGUAGCAGGAUCCAGAGAUGGCUCACUAAACAAAACUGA